AGGAAAAGGCGACAAAAAUGUAAUUUUUGAGUUGCCAACCCCAGGAAUUUAGUGAUGCAACAUCUGGGGGGGGGGGUGUCUGGCUAGCAGUCUUUGUUUGGGAGACAAAAUAAAAAGGUCUAUGAAUACAAAAAAAGCUUAGCGCAAAAUAAGUCUGUUCUCUACAGUUCCGUUUAGAAUAACGAGAAAUUUUUUGCCAUGUGAAAAUAUUUUCAACAGAGAAUCUAGGGCUAGUAUCAGGUGAUUGAGUGAAAUAAUAGUUUGCGCCAUGAUCUAAUUCAUCAUGGACCCAUAGUUGUUACAUCACAAAUAAGAUCGUUGUUAUUCUGACCUUCACAAGCGUAUCGUGUAAUUCUUCAGAAGUUGACCACACAAUUCUUCCCACUUGAGUAGGGGAUAUAAUUUUCCUGUUAUGAAAUGCACCUCUACAAACAACACGCGUUGCAUAAAAAAGGAUAAAACUAAUUUUUAGUUUGUAUUGUCGGAUUUUCAACCUUUACUUUAUUGGUGAGUAAGCGGCCCACCUGGUACCAUUAGGAUGAAUAAAAUGUGUCAGUAUAUGUGCAAGACAAUGCAAUCUAUUUCCAUGUGCUAUCCACGUCAUAUAGAUCUACAGGAAGGAAAACUUAGCAUGACGCCGUAGUUUACAUAUGAAUUGGCAGAAAAUGUCGCUUUGGUAGGGCCCAAGGUUGUGAUUGAAUGGAUUUAUGAAUUAUGGCGAAUAUUAUAAUACAAUCCCAAUAACAGUUUCCGAUGUCCCUGUGUUCCGACUGACGUAAUAUGCAGGAAAAGCCUUUGAAUUUUCAUUGAAUACUUGCAGGAUAGUAGGGUACGUGACCGCAAAUAUUGAAAAUAAAGAAACAGACAUGUUUAUAUAAACCGCGGACACUUGUGAAGCCCGUUUUAAUAAUGGGCGACGAUUUCAGCAAAUCGGACGCGCAUUUACAGUAUAACUAACACACCUGGUGAAAAGUAUCAGCUUACCGCAAGUGUAUGUUUGAAGGAUCAAUCGCGAUCGAGUUAGCUUAGUGUAAGAUUGCAGUCAAUCACAGUAAGAAGCAUGUUAAAUUUCCUUCGCAAUCACGUUCGUCCUUACUGGAGGGGCAUUAUUGCUGUUUCGGCUCCUCUUUUACUUUUGCCGCUACCGAUUACUGGAGUAAAGGAGGCCCAAUGCGGAUACACGAUUAUGAUUAUGGCGAUUUACUGGAUGACGGAAGCACUUCCUCUACCCGUUACAAGUUUGAUUCCGGUGGUUGCAUUACCUCUUUUUGGAAUAAUGGAAACCGGCGACGUAUCCACUGCAUAUAUGAAGGAUACCAACAUGAUGUUUAUUGGUGGCCUCAUCCUGGCCCUUGCCAUUCAGUUUUGCAAUUUGCAUAAAAGAGUCGCACUGGCUGUACUUCUUCUUGUCGGUGCUAAACCGAGAUGGUUGUUAGCCGGAUUCAUGGGGACGACAGCUUUUCUCUCGAUGUGGAUCUCUAACACGGCCACAACUGCGAUGAUGGUCCCAAUUGUCGACGCUGUUGCUGCUGAGUUAUACAAGGAUGAUGACGAAGAAAUGGUGAGAACUAUCUCUCACGCCACUAUCACCACUAACUGUGGCAGCAUUGAAGAACUGGUACCGUCCGAUUCGAACGAAAGCAGAAGAACAUCAGCCGAGGCCGAAAAAGAACGAAAAAGAAAAAUCCGAGCUGGAAUAAUGAUUUCAACAUCAUAUUCCUCCGUUAUCGGUGGGACAGGUUCUUUGAUUGGAUCUUCCCCACAGUUAGCACUUAAAGGAAUAGUUCAAGAGAUUUUCGGACAAACAGAAUUGAAUUUCGCAAGCUGGAUUGCAUUCAAUGUUCCCGGAAUGUUAUUCAACUUGUUCUUCACUUGGGUUUGGCUUCAAGUCAUCUUCAUUGGAUCAGGGAAGCAGAGUAAGUCCGAUGGAGGGAGAGAUAAGGAAGUGAUUAAAGUGAUUCGUCAGAAGUUCAAAGAUCUUGGUCCUAUGACGUUCCACGAAGCCGCAGUUCUCAUUCUGUUUAUCAUCUGCGUUUUGCUAUGGUUCUUCCGCGACCCGGGAUUCAUUCCUGGCUGGGCCGAAUUAUUUGGAAACGCCAAAAAUGUUGAUGACGCAACUGCUGUUAUGCUUAUCGUUCUCUUAUUGUUCGCCAUUCCCUCUAAGCCAACAUUUUGGUGUUUACGUCCCAAAGAAGCAUCAUCAGAAUCUGUUGAUGUCCCACCGAAAUCUAGUCCUGCUCUUUUAGAUUGGAAAUACGUUCAAGAUAGGCUCCCGUGGGGAGUCAUCCUUCUCUUAGGUGGAGGAUAUGCUUUAUCCGAUGCCACUAAAAAAUCUGGUUUAUCUGACUGGAUUGGUAAGCAGUUGGCUGGUAUGAUAGUUUUGCCUCCGUUCGUCAUCAUGUUAGUUGUAUGUAUCAUCACGGCGGGAGUUACAGAAGUUGCCUCUAACACGGCGGUUGCCAACAUUUUUCUUCCAAUUCUUGCCGACACGGCGACAGCAAUUCAAAUCAAUCCGCUCUACUUCAUGGUACCAGUUACAGUCACUUGCUCUUAUGCCUUUAUGCUCCCGGUGUCGACUCCACCCAACGCAAUUGCUUUCGCAGCUGCUAAAAUGAAACCAGACGAAAUGAUGAAAGCGGGCUGGUUUAUUAAAUUGGUCUGCGUUGUUGUGAUAUGCGUCACGAUGGAAACGUGGGGUAAUGUUGUAUUCGGCAGCAAACAUUUUCCGAUAUGGGCGAACGUCACAACUUCCGGUUUGUCUCAAUCUGUUUCCCGAUGCGCCGAUUCGUCCAUUCCGUUCACGUCUCCGAAUUCAUCUGACUUGAUUCACAGGAGUUAAAUUUCGAGAUUUUCCUUACAGUGCAAAAAAAAGCCUAGAUCACAGAUAAUUUUGUAAUUUUCCUCUAUGACUUUUAUUUUUGUAAUCCAAAAAUUUCGAGGAUAGUUUGAUAAAUUAAUCUGUAAUAAACGUUAUU